GGCACGUCAAGGAUAAGCACGGUCACAUCGGCAAGGACGGCAAAUUGAAGUGCCAGUGGUGUGAUUACUCUACGAACCAUUCCGGCCACAUGGCAGGACACCGCCGUACACACACGGGAGAGCGGCCGUACCGCUGUGAUAUAUGUGGGAAGUCGUUUUCUGAGCCCAGUAAGCUGACCCGCCACCGCCGUACACAUAAGGGAGAGCGGGCGUACCGCUGUGAUAUAUGCAGCAAGGGGUUUUCCCAGCAAAAUAAUCUCGUUGUACACCGCCGUGUGCACACUGGAGAGCGGCCGUACCGCUGUGAUGUGUGUGACAAGGCAUUUGCUGUACAAAGUAGUCUGGCCGUCCACCGCCGUACACACACGGGAGAGCGGCCGUACGGCUGUGAUCUGUGUAAUGAGUCGUUUUCUCAGAUGUCUCAUUUAACUUACCACCGCCGUACACACACGGGAGAGCGGCCGUACCGCUGUGAUGUGUGUGACAAGGCAUUUGCUGUACAAAGUAGUCUGGCCGUCCACCGCCGUAUACACACGGAAGAGCGGCCGUACCGCUGUGAUCUAUGUGGGAAGUCGUUUGCUCGACCUUGUACUCUAACCACGCACCGCCGCACACACACGGGAGAGCGGCCGUACCGCUGCGAUGUGUGUGACAAAGCGUUUACUGAACGAGGUGGUCUUACUAACCAUCAUCGUACACACACGGGAGAGCGGCCGUACCGCUGUGAUGUGUGUGACAAAGCGUUUGCUCUACAAGAUGGUCUUACCAAGCACCGACGUAGAGCGCACCGUUAAAGUAAUGUGCGGCUUCACUAACGUCAACAGAUGGCUUUCACUGAUUGUUUCUAAAUGAUCCAGGAGUAGACAGCAGAAGCCAAACAUGCAGCUGCAAGGAUGACGAAAUAUGUAAGGCAUGAGGUGCGUUCGGAGAGGCACAUUGCACAUGGAAUAUUUCAUGCGCGUGGAAUAUUCCCGGAGAUUGGCCGUUCGGGGAGCCGUUCCCGUGGAAAUUCACCGUGGAUUCCCGGGGAACGCGUUGAAUCUGAAAAGCAUGUUUUGCGUCAUUCCCGCCAAGAUGGCGGCGCCCACAGGAGCGAUGGCUACGUAAAUUCAGUGGGUUUUAUUAGUUGUUGAUGAUUAAUUUUGUUACUUUUGUUGCAUCUAUGCACUAAGUAGAUGCUUUUUUCGAUUGUUAUUCCUGCAAGACGUCUACAAUAGGUACAAAACAUUGUUCUUCAUAACUGUUUUUGUACAUUAUUUCAUAGCAAUAUGUUUUUAAGCCUUAACAUAUUCUAGAUAAAAUUCUUCCAAAUUUAACUUAUGACACGUGGCACGCGACACGGGGAAUAUUCCCGGGGACGCCGACGGUGAAUAUUCCAUGCUCUCCGAACGCACCCAUAGUCGCUCUUGAAAGUAUCGCCUCAUGGGCUGCAGCGGCUCGGCGAACUAUUUCACUCGGUUUGAGGACACCAGCAGUGAGGUCAUGGCCUGUAUCAUAAAAAGUACGCUGUGUCACGAUCCUACGCCAGCGAUAGAAGGAAAACUGCUAUAUGACGCAGGCACCGGCGGCUGACAACUGGGUCGAAACAGGUGGAGGCCGGCCCAGAGGUCAUGCUCGUGUCGCUCUUCCUUGACCCCGUCCACCGCCCCAGGCCCCACUUGGGUUCACCAGCCGGGCGCUCAGUGGUCUGCCUUAGUGGGCGCCAAUCACUGUUAACUCUUUUUAUAUAUAUAUAUAUUUAAUUAACCCACGA